AAAACCAAGGAAAGAGGAAAACAUAAGAGCACAAAUGAUAAGACCUCUUACUAACUUGUGUUUACUUUGACCCGCCUCCGUUUGUUUUUAGUCUUUUCUCUCUCAUGUUAGCAGAGUACUACAUUAGCAGUGAACCAUCGUUAUAUAGACUUAUGUUAAGCUCAAUUCAUCAUCAAUAAUCCAUCAAAGAUUGCAGCUUUCAUGUUAAGAGGAUAGAAAAAUAAAACACCCAAGCAAAUGGCACCCAUUUUCGCACUUCAGUUCUAGUACCUGAGGUCACUUCAUUGGACCUUUUAUUCAACUAAUAUCAAUCAACACAAUCUUACAAGUGCAGUUGGUGCACACCGCUACUUGGCAAAUAAAUGGCUCAACAGGAAGAGGGUUGGCCUCUGGGUUUGCAGCCGCUUAAUGCCAGGGUUGGAUUAGCUAGAAAUGGUGAUUUUUCUGGAUCAGUAUCUUUCAAUACUUUGAUCACCGGUUCUCCAACUUCUUCAACUGAUUCCUCUUCAGAUUUAGACACAGAGUCUACAGGGUCAUUCUUCCAUGACAGAAGCAUAACACUUGGAAGCCUUAUAGGCGUUUCCAGCAUCUUUGAGCUCUCUAAAAGAUCAAUAAGAGGAAGAAAAUCAGAAGCAGUCGCAAGAGAGAAAAAGAGCAACAACAAAUCAAGAGCUUGGUUUUUCUCAUUAUGCUCAAGGGACAGCACUGAUGCUGAGAAUAUCAACAGCAAUAACCCUCCAUCACUAGGCCACUUUCUUGCAGUGGAGAGAAGAGCUGCAAAUGGUAAUGGAUGUAGAAGGAAUCUGCACAGCCUUAACAAUAUUUAUGGUCCCGAUGAGCUUGCCCUGGCUCAGCCUAACUUAGAAUCAAACUCUCUUUUUGUUAAUGGUCACAUAGCUCCUCCAUUGCAGGGUUCAGAAGUUGAGAAGAGAAACAAUGGAGGAUUAGAGGAAGGUAGUGGAGGUGCAAUUCAUGUGCUGUUUUCAUGCAUGUGUGGACAACCCUCCCAUUAAAAUAUAGCUACAUCAAAAAUUUAUUUUUUUAAUCCCUUAUUGUGAUUGAAUUUGAUGUUCUAGGGACAAAUAAACUUUGUUUUCAAAGAGAGAAAUGCAGUUUCUAUAUUAUAUCGGA